CCAGCCGAUGUCAACGGUGAGGUAGAGCUGGAGGGCGAAGCCUUGCUAUAUUGCGAGGCUUUGCUGGCCAGCGAAGCUUCACCAUUAGGCAUCGGCGAUUCGGCCGGGGAACCUGAUCAGCUGUCUGAUGGACAAGAUUCAAACUUAGAGCAACCUGCCAUCUUGCUACCGGCCAUCUUGCUCCCGGCCGUCGAGCCGCCGGCCGUCGAGACCCCUGCCAUCAUGCCGCCGGCCGUCGAGACCCCUGCCAUCAUGCCACCGAUGGCAUCGAAACAGGCGGAACAGGCUAUGGCGUUGCUGGGCCAAGGGUUUCGGCUUUUGGGGCCUGUCCUGAGGCACUUGGUGGCAAGUGAAAAGGCAGGACUACCUGGUCCUUCUUCCCCUCUAGUAGGUCCUUCAUCCCCUCUACCUGGUCCUUCAUCCCCUCCACCAUGUCCUUCAUCCCCUCUAGUAUGUCCUUCAUCCCCUCUACCAGGUCCUUCAUCCCCUCGACCAGGUAGUUCAACGCCUCGUCCUGGCCACCAUUCAGGAUCACCCAAAGCCGGUCCAGCAUCGCCUAUCGCCGGUCCAUCAAAAGGGAAAAAAAUCCUGUCGGAGGAGAAAAAAUUAAAAUACAAAAUAUGCAUUAAGUGCAAAACAAAAGGCCACAUCCUGAAAUAUCGAAACAGCAGUGCAAGGAUCCAUUGGAAAACUCGAAACAGCAGUGCAAGGAUCCAUUGGAAAUCUCGAAACAGCAGUGUAAGGAUCCAUUGGAAAUCUCGAAACAGCCCGAAGAUGCAGUUCUGUUCAUUGACCUAGCCAACAAUAUUACGCGUCACAGCAAUAAAGAACAGGUAAUUAAUUAACUUAC